CGCUCCGAGUCUGCGCUCAUCACGACAAGUCUGCGCACUACAACACGUUGACGACUUUUAAAAGAUGAGUCAAUGUGAGUAGUCUCACUAUCUCUGAAUACUCUGCUAAUUAGAAUGGGAAGUCAACGACUACUACGGGAACAGUGGAGGUGGAGGAGGCGGUGGUGGAUUCAUGACAGGUGGAUCACCAUAUGGAAGCGCGAGCGGUAGCCCAGGAGGAACUGGUAGAAAAACCGAGAUAGCCCACUCCUUACGACCUCUGACUGUCCUUCAGCUCCUAAAUGCAACACAGGCGCAUUCGGACGCGGAGUGGAUGCUAGAUGAGACGGAACUCGGUCAGGUCACUGUCGUCGGGCAUGUCGUUUCAAUACAAAGCCAAGCCACCAACAACUUAUACUGGGUCGACGAUGGCACGGGUCGCAUCGAAGCCCGACAUUGGAUUGACUCCUCAAUAGAAGAGAGUGGGACGGGGUCAAGUGCCAUCGCUGAGGGAUCAUACGUACGCGUAUCCGGCACGUUGAAAAUGUUUGGCAGCAAGCGAUACGUGAAUGCGACUCAUAUACGGCCGGUCAAGUCGCCUCAUGAGCUAUACUUCCACCUUUUGGAAGCGAUGACAGUCACACUAACAUGGGCGAAAGGAGCGCCCCCUCGUCCUGGACAAAAUCCGUCAACAACACUUCCACAGGGCCAAGUUGCCGGAAGCUCUGCAUAUGCAGCUCAGUCAAAUGCCCCGGCUGCGAACAAUAACCAAUACUCUCAUUUGCCAAAGUUGGAAUAUGCGAUCAUAACGUUCCUGCAGAGCCAACCUACCAAUGAGGAAGGUGUACACGUUGGUGCUGUUGCGCGUGCUGUCGGAGGUAACGCUGUCACAAUUAGUAAUGCUUUAGAUAAACUCAUGGACGAUGGCCUCGUCUUUACUACUAUCGACGAUUCGCACUUCAAGGUUGCUGAUUGAUGGACCCACGAUGGUCGUGUACUUUUGACAGUGAAGGUUACUUGCGAGUACUUAGGUAUACCGUUCAAACUGCCGAGAGAUUCUUGAAUCGAUUGAUGUAGUCAUUGGUUCAUUUC